UCCAGUCGUUCGUGCUGUGUUUAUGGUAUAAAUAACACAACUAAAUUUUUGGAAAUAGAGGCGCAUAAGCAACCAAUUUUUGAAAAGUUUUUUUUCUAAAUUUUUCUGUUUCAGUUUUGUAUAUUUAUAGUAAAUGUUUACGAAGAAAUAUAACCACCGUGCUGAUGUACCGGCUAUACUACUGAGUGAAGUGAAAGAACGGCAUUAGUUUAUUGGAUGUAACGACCGGUUCGAUCGAGAUUGUAUUCUAACAGAGAAGUGAUACAUCGACGGAUUAAUUUAAUGUUGUUCGUUUUGGGACCAUCAGACCUUUCAUAAUGUCACAUGGAACUAAUCGGCAAGUCAAAAAUUUACUCGAUGUUUCCAACGACGAAAAAAGGAACUUUUUGAAUUCGUUUGACUACGUUCUUACUGACUGUGAUGGAGUUAUAUGGACUUUGAUUAAGCCUAUCGAGGGAGCAGGUGAAGGCAUUACAUCGCUGCAAGAAAAUGGUAAACGCGUAAUUUUCAUAUCAAAUAACAGCGUCCGACCUCACGAAAAAUAUGUGGAAAAAUUCAAGGAAGGAAAUAUCAAUGCGUCAAUGGAUGAUGUUCUGCAUCCGUCCAUUGCAUGCGUAUGCUAUUUGAGGAAAAUCAACUUUAAGGGACUGAUUUAUUGCAUCGGAUCGGCAGAAUUUAAAAAGAAAUUGAAAGAAGCCGGCUACGAGUACAUAGAUGGGCCGCAUGAAAAGAUUGAAGAUUUUGCGACAUUAUGGAAGGCGGUAAAGGAUGAUAAUCCCGUAAAGGCUGUCAUCAUUGAUUCGGACUUCAAUGUUUCUUCGACGAUAUUGAUACGAGCGGAAAUUUAUUUAAAAAAUCCAGAAUGUCUGUUCAUAGCUGGAACCACCGAUAUGAUGUUGCCGAUCACAAAGUCAUUCAAAAUCAUCGGAGUCGGACCGUAUUAUAAGAUAUUGGAGGAGGCAUCUGGUCGGCGUGCAGUUGUCGUUGGAAAGCCAGGUGACGCUUUGAAGGACAUUGUAAUCGAUAAAUAUAAUAUAAAAGAUCCGAAGCGAGUGCUUUUCGUCGGUGACACACUCGAGCAAGACAUCGGAUUCGGAACUAAAUGUGGCUUCAAAACGGUCUUAGUAAUGACAGGAGCUACAUCGAAAAUGGAUAUUCUUACUCACCCAAAGAAACAAGAGCUACCUGAUUAUUACCUAGAAAACAUCGGUGACUUUUCCAAGGUGUUUGAAGACAUCAAACCUAUGAACAAAAUAUAAAACUAUGUCAGAGCUACUAAGAGGCUAUUAUAUGCGAAAAAUGUAAGGAAAAAGUAAUAAUUAAAUGUUCCCAUGUUCUCUCGUU